AAGAGGACGGGACACGGAGAAAAGAAGGAGGACAGGCAGGAGGCCGAGGAGGGGGGACCGUCAGACCCGUUUCAAGCCGCCUGACAGGGAGAACAACGAGACAGAAACACCGUGGACGAUAAAAAAAAGGACGACACCGGAACUCGAAACAAUCGACGUUUUCUGCUGAAACGGUCACUUUUGUUGUCCUCUCGCGAGAAAUCCAUCAAUUCUUUUAGCAGCAAUGGCUCAAGAGACCAACCAGAGCCCGGUCCCCAUGCUUUGUGCCAUGGGCUGCGGUUUCUAUGGCAACCCACGAACCAACGGUAUGUGCUCUGUGUGCUACAAGGAACACCUGACACGACAGCAGAGCAGCGACCGCAUGAGCCCCCUCGGCCCAAUGGGCUCCACUGCUAGUCCUACCUCAGAGGUCUCAGCCAUCCAGAGACUAGAAGCCAGUCUAGCCAAGGUUGAUGCCUCCCCUGCCUCUUCACCAGACAUGUCUAGGUUAGUGAGGACUGUUCAAGGGUCUCUUCCUGUAACUCAACAGAUGACAGAGAUGAGCAUCUCCAGAGAGGACAAGCCUGAACCUCUAGAGCCUGUUGUAAGUCAGCCUGCUGCCUCUAGCCCAACUCCUGUAGUUUCCUCUAGCGCCGAUGAAAACAAGAGUGACACGCCCAAACCUAAGAAGAACAGGUGCUUCAUGUGCCGCAAAAGAGUGGGUCUUACAGGGUUUGACUGUCGCUGUGGCAACCUGUUCUGUGGCAUCCAUCGAUACUCCGACAAGCACAACUGUCCCUACGAUUACAAGGCCGAGGCUGCUGCUAAGAUCCGUAAAGAGAAUCCUGUGGUUGUUGCUGACAAGAUCCAGAGAAUAUAGAUUUUUUUAUUAUUAUUUUUUUAAAUGGAAGAAAGAAAAACAACAGCAGCAUCCAUGAGGAACCACCUUGAGAAAGACUGGAGUAUGAGUGCAAACUUUUCAAACGAGCACCGGCAUGAGUGAUUGAUGAGCGGGAGGACUUGAUUUACAAAAUCACAAACUUGGAGAAAUUAAUGGAGAGAGAACAAAAAAAAAAAGAAAUCCUGUUUGAUGGAGAUGCAUGAGUGAUCACUUUUCUCAUUUUUUGAUCCAUUUAUUAGUUCGUUUUAUUCUAUUUUUUGUGUGUGUGUGUGUGUGUGAAUUUGCCGCCGUCAAGUCCUUUUGAUUUUCUAAGAAUAAGAGUGUGUCGUUAAGAGCAGACCAGGCAAACUGUCCAGGACACGCUGCGCUCCUCUCACCCAGACCAGGUGCCACUUUGUGCCAAACCGUCAUUUCACUGAACCCUGCUGUGUGUCGCAUUAUCCAACACAAAGGAUCCAUGAGUUGUCACUCAGUUUAACAAAAGAAGAAAAAAUAAUCCUGUCUCCGUCGUUGCAGAAGAGGAUUUUUUUAGUUUCUCUCCUAGCUUUAUCUACCUCAGAGCUGCUGUGUCGAGCUACCGUUGUCUUCCCCUUUUACUUCAGCGUCAGCUUUGACCCUCUGGUCAUCUCGUAACGACUGUUUCCGUCAGAGGAAUCGUGCUAGUUGGAAGACGAAAAAAAAUCCACUUUCGCUUAGAAUAAUUUCCCAGCUUGUCCAGUCACAGAUUAUAAUCCAACGCCUGGUGCGGGGCUGCGUGCACAGAUGUGUGUUCUGGGAGGAAGGACAUCACCUGUUCCCAGUGAGCCUGGUGGGUUGUUUUAAGGCUACGAUGUUGUUGGGGCAUAAAUGAAUACGUGCAUGAGUUUCUGUUCAUCUGAAGUUGGUGUUUAAGAAGUAUUGCUCACUUGUUUGGGUUUUGGGGGAGUUUUAUUUCCAGAGAAUCAAUUAUCUGUUUUAAUUGUACUGAUGUUGGCGCACAGAUUCAGUGCUCUUUAUUUGUUUUUUUAUUGCGCUAACAGCAUUGUUGUGAGCACAGUGUGUGUGUGUGUGUGUGUGUGUGUGUGUUGGAAUGUGGGUGUGAAACCUCCUGAUCCCCCCCCCCUCAGUCGUUUUAGCUGUUGAGCUGCCCGGUUUAUCAGCACAUGUUUACAGAAGUACAGGAGCAUGCCAGAGUUAGGUUUAUGAACAAUUGUAGAAAUCAAGAGUAGUCGUAACUUCUCAUCCGUCUGUGUGUCUGCUGUGGAGCGCUGCAGAGAGCGUGUGUGCGUGCAUGAGCACGUAUUUGUGCUAAAACGUAUGUUUUCAUAGCUGCCUGACACGUAUGUUUGUGACUUGUUACUUUCCCCUGUGAGGAUGUUUUUAUUAUUUGUAUUAACUGUAUCUGCUUGAGUUCCUUUUCUGACUUAGUUAUAUGCAAAUUUGUACAAAACAUGAAAGAAAAAAAACAACAAACCGUGUUGAUAUUUAUGUAUUACAUAUAAUCUUGCUAUCCAGCAGUACAACAGAAUAGUAUCAUGUAAAUAAAACUGUACAGAGAGAGA